AACACCUCGUCUCUUCUUUCUACUCUCACACUUUUGUUCUUGUUAACGCAUUACACGCGUAUUAAGGUUUCUCUUCCGUAGAAAUCAAAACAUCGAUCGAAUUAAAAUGGCCAACUUGAGGAGAGUUCUUAUCAACGCUUACCGUGUCGUCAAUUCCUCCGCCACCGCCAGUCGCAGCUCAAUCGCUUAUGUCUCACCCAUUCUCAGAGAAUCCUCUUUCAGGUCUCAAUAUGGUUUGUUUUCGCGUUAUUCAACUCUUAACGAUAAUGAGACGCGAUUGUUAGUUAUUGAUCUCUCCAACGAAGAGAGCAAAAGGCGUUUAUGUAACAGGCUGCUGUAUAGGAGCAGGCAGAGAGGGUUCCUGGAGCUGGAUUUGGUUCUUGGAAAAUGGGUAGAAGAGCAUAUCUUUUCCAUGAACGAAAGCGAAAUUAAAGCACUUAUGAAUGUCCUUGACUUGGAAAAUCCAGAUCUCUGGAAGUGGUUAACUGGUCAGGAGCAACCCCCAGAGGCAGUCAGCACAAAUCCUGUGUUUUCUGCAGUGCGUGAUAAGAUCAUGAACAACCUCAAUAGCCAUGCUGCUCCUGAAACACGUGCUAUACCUGGACAGCCAUGGGUGAGAGGGUGGGAUGAUAUCAAGAAAAAUCCCGGCAGCCCUGUGGCUGGGAAUCAGUAGCGUGUCAACUGUGAGCUGGAAUAUCUAUUGGCAGAUAAUUUGCAGUGUAUAAAGAAUAAUGGAUACUUUGUCAUAUAAUCUUCAUUAGUGUGAUAUGAACAAGACCUGCUGGCUGUACCAGAAUCAAGAAAUUGGAUAUGAACAAGAGCUACUGGCUGUAAGAAGGUGAAAAAAUUUAGUAGCCUCACCUUUAUGUUCAUGCCCAUUUACACGUUGAAUCUUACGAUGAGAAAUUGUUCUGUGAAAUGCGUGUUUUAUUUCUGAAA